AUGCAAAGCAUUUUCCGUCUGCCAUGGUGUACGGACCCCUCAGGCGACGAUAAGUCCGAAAAGGUCAUGUUUCCCAAAAUGCGCCAGUCACCCGUGGUCGACCUGUCUAUGCUCAGCAGCAAGCUCAAGCGCAAACGAUCCGUUAGUCCGUCCUUUGAUUCGCUGCCUGCUUUCGACCACUCCAAGCGCGUGAAGGUCUCCAAUGUCGACGAUGAUCCAUCUUUGCCUGGAAGACGGCAAGUUGAUUCUCAGGUCGACAUCAACCUUUCGGACUCUGGACUGCACGACUCAGCUAACCAGGCUCUUCAAAAUCCGAUGGCUAAGGUUCCUCUGCUUACUCCGGACGUGUCGUUUGCGGCCUCCGGCGCAAAGGCCACGGCUCCAACACCUCCGCCUUCUGCCAAGCCAAAACAACCUUUGGAGACCAACGACAAGCCGGAACUUCUGGAGGGAACCAAGGAAUCGCAGCUCCAAGACGUUAUCGAACACCAGUUCAAUCUCGAAAUCUUGCUCAAACAUCGCGAACUCCGCCUCAUUGAGCAAGAGCUUGCCAAGUGUCAAACUGCGCUCGAGCAACUCAGGAGAUGUGAACUGAUGCCGUAUUCCGGAGCUUCUGGUCUCUCGGAAUCACUCUCUUGUGGUACUGGACCUGCUUUGAAGCCUCAGUCUGGAUUUACCCAGCCACAAGCGCCCUCGCCCUGGGGCGUUACAGACGGUCCUUACACCAGACACUAUGCGAGAUGGCUUCUCAACGACCCGACAUUCGACUCCGUACCCUUCAGUCAUGUCAUGCCGGGGCUUGAGAGCUACGCGAUGCAGCCUGAAGGCCGCUCGACCCGCAACAGUGGUGCGGGUGUUGGGAAGACUGGCAGAUCUCGUUCAAUGCGGGAUUCGUUCGGCAAUCUCAGCCAAGCGUUGCCCAACUACCCUGCCCAGUCUCGUGGCAAACAGGGUCCUUUGGUCAUAAGAAGACUAGCCGACAAUCUAUUUGUCAAGCUGAUAUGCAAUAACUGUCAGCGCGGUGACUUUUCUAGUGUCCAGGGAUUCUUGAACCACUGCCGUAUAGCGCACAAGGUUGAUUACAAGAGCCACGAAGCAGCUGCUCUGGAUUGUGGAAAGCCGCUGGAGGAAGACGAAUCUCACCUGAUUCCUCAAGGUGCUCCCGUAGCGACAUCUGGGGCGCCAAAGCCGCAACAGGCUCCCAAGCCUAUCGUGGCGCAAGCCGUCCCUCCACCUCCAGCUGGCUUUGUUCACCCUCUCAAUGCGCAGACUCUGCCGCGUUUCACUCGCCGUGCAGUGGCAAACAAGCCCAGGAAGUCUUCUGCGUCGGCUUCUUUUCAUGCGAGCCCCUUGGUCGGAUCAUCAGUCACACCAUACCUAUCUGCACGUUUCGCCAAGCAAGGUCUUGGUGGAGAUUUGCAGCGCGCAACCACUCAAGCUCGCGAGAAGAUUGAUCUAGGCCCGGAACCAGCUGAGGACGAACAGCCCGCAGAGACGCCGAGCGAGACGCCUAAUCCCAAUGGUACAUCAGCCAUCAGUGUCAGCAGACCUGCUGCAACUCCUAUUCCAGACGGAGCGCAAGGUCACAAGGGCUGGUAUUCACCUAUCUCACGCCCUAGACCUGCGCCAAUCAUGGCUCGCCACGUUCCCGAAGCCAUGCUAGAUUCGCCGCCCAAUCUGUCGCCUCAUGCGGUAGACAGUAAUCCAGGACUUGUGUCUGACCACGAAGACGAUGACGCUCCUUCUGACUUGGACGAUGUGCGAUCUGAACGUCACGAAUCUCCUGGCGCAGUGAGCAGGCUCAGCGCUCUCAGGGGUAGAACUUGUGGAGAUGAAAUGGCUGUGGAUCUUGAAGUUGACGUUGAUGACGAGGCAGAUGGCCACAGCGUUCUCAUCAGACCACGCAGCCUCGGCCUGCAGAUGCAUUCGAGUGGAAGUCCGAGCAGGGCAAAGUAA